AUGCCUUUUCGAUUUGAAUUAGAGCUUAAGGCAAAAAGUUCAAGAGCAUUAUGGACCAGAGCUAUUGGAGCUUUACAUACAAUUUCAGACAGUUUGAAAAUUGAUAUUCGACAAGGCACCGAGACAGGACACGAUGAACAAGGACGACGGUGUUAUUCAGAACUGGUUUUCUCAAGUAUGAAUAAAACAAAAACCAGUGUUAUGAAAAUAUCAUUCAAAGAAUGUUUUUUCAGAAUGUUUAGAAUCGAAGGAGAGAUCACUGAUAAUGUGACACGUACAAUGACAAACGUUGAAAACUAUGCUAAAAACUAUUCAUUGAUUAUCAACAGUCGAGACAUGAACACAUUAUUUAAGGAUUGUGCGGAUGAUGCAGAAAGCUGGAAAAUAUUUCUCAUAGCAGGGAACGAAAUAUCACAAAUGAUUUAUUCGAAUAGACUAUUUGUAGAGUUUGAAACAAAAGCAGGGUUGAAGAAAAAAUAUUCAGUUUCUUACAGACCUUCAAUGUUUGGGUGUGAUAGUAAAAUUAGUUUCAUAUACUUGAAAACACUAGAAAAUCAAAGACUUUCUGAUGAACAGGAAGAGCGAGGUGUGUUGGAAGAUGAUGGGUUCGAUCUUUUGGAGGAGGAGGAGGAUGAACGCGUGCAUAGGAUAGCAAUCAACACACUUAUAUUGAAACGCUUUAUACAGGUGUUUCCUCAACAAAUAGAAGAUUUUCGGCUCGAAAUACGCCCUAAGGAGAAAAGCCUUGUCCUUAUAGGGUACAAUAGGCAGAACAUAAUAGGUAGAGGAGAUUCAGUUGUGAACAAGCCAAUGAACUUGAGUAUUCAAAUACAGUUAAACCAGAUUGCAUAUAAUAACGUACGUGAAUAUAAAGAAGACCGAGAUAUCAAGGAUAUACAAGUUUCAUUCCGACUCAGGAAUUUCAAAAUGUUUAUACAGUUGAUAAGUACCGGUUUUACGGGAUUCAAUAGCGAUGAUGAUAAUACGAAGUCCAAUAAAAGAUCAAGAACUAUUUCAAGCUAUGACCGUGGGUUCUCUAAUGAUUAUGAAGAUAAUAUAUGUGACAUAAUCUUCUCCAAAUCUGGGUAUCCCAUUAUUUUUGAAAAAAAGUAUUUCACUGACGGUGAUAAUGAAAUCCUGGAAUGCUGUUCGAUUUCAUUAACCGAAGUAACGGAUGGAGAAUCGUCGAGAAUAAUACUCGAAGCCAUGAAUGCGGCUGUCAAUCAGAAAAUCAGAGAUCUUACAUCGGCUUCCGGGCACAGACAAUCUCUAUCUGCGUUAGAAGCGUUACCUACAGUAAAGGGAAAUAUAUGGAAACAAUUCACCAAUGCUGAAUUGGCCAUGCCUCUAUCGAACCGUCAGGAUGAUCAUCCGGUUGCAGUUAAGGAGCCAUUGUUUGUACCGGAUGAUGAUCUCCACGCUGUGGAGUAUCCACAAGACCUGGUUGUUCCUGAGUCAGUAGACAAUGACGUGUUGUCAGAUGCCAGCCGUGGGGGGGACGUAGGAGAUUACCAACAGAUAUUCUGGGAAGAUGAACGGUUUCAUCAGACACGUGUUGUUGAAAAGCCCGGUUUUAAGAAGGACCGAAUCGAUGCCACCGUUGAACACGAUAUGGUACAUGGCAAGAACAAGAGACGUCUCUUAACGGAGGAAGAACCUGUUGGGGACGACGGAGUGGCAUGCCAAGAAAAUUACCUUGGGCCUACCCAAAAAUUACAAAUCAAAGGUUUGUUUGAUUAA